GUCGAGACUGGGGUGCCAAGUCGAUGCCAGGCAGCCGUUUAAAGAUGGGCUGAUAUUGGUCUACGCCAGAGAUCUCAUCUAUCUUAAAUACGACGUUUCCUAGAUGAACAGCGCCCUUCCUUCAACUCGUUGAGAUUAAAUUUAGUAGCGACACCACGAUAUUUCUGCGAGACUCUCCUUCUCCACGAAACCUUACGAAUAGCAGGGAUAAAAAUAAACAAGCAAAUCAUCGAGCAGACAACUCCAGCCCGCCAUCGUCACCAACAACCUCCUAAGCUCUAAAACAAACAAACCUGCCCAUAAUGUCCAACGCAACGUGCCUCAACCGCAGCAGCCUUCCAGAGCUCUCCACCCUCCCAAUCCCGCAAAACAUCACAUUCGUCGCGACGCCGGGCCGCAACGCCUCGGACGCGCCCAUGGUGGCCUGCUGCGCGCCGAACCCCGUCCAGCUCGCCGACGGCUGCUACGAGUGGUGCGAGCUUCCGGGGACCUACGACGCGAAGAAGAAUGCGCUGGCUAUGUUUGGGGGGUGUCUUUCGGCCAAUGGGAGGAAUUACUCGACGGAUGCGAAUAUUCUGGGGUUGCAUGUUGCUAACGGCGCCGCGAGGCCGGGUGUGACGACGGUGGGACUUGGGAUGUUUGUUUUGGUGGCUUCGAUGUUUGCGGGUUUGACUUGAUUGUGUAUUGUGAUAUGGUUUCUUGUUAGCGAUAUUUCAUCAGGAUUUGAUCAGCAUGGUAUUGGGAGCCGGGGCGUUAUGUUGAAGGGGAAGAGUGCUGCUGGUGUUGUUGGGUGUCAGUUAUAGUAUUGCCGAUCUCAUCGCAGUCAACUCAUGGGAUACAUGAGCUUGAGUGACCGGUGUCAACUAUGAGAGACUGAUCAACGUACCCUAACACACGUCGUAUUGUAUGUCUACUUUUGUACAGAGAUUGAGUAGAAAACGUUUAGCAUGAUCUACCCGAGAGUCAUUUGAUGCACGAGACAUGCAGAAACGUUGCAGAGAAAGCCUCCUCCUUGACAUGAUUUCAUGUCCCGACUGCCUCAGUUUGUGACAAAUCAUAGACUGCGGUUUCUCUCCACGGCGACCACAAAAGCGUGCUUGGUGUAGAUCACAAUCGGUUUCAUUGAGAAUUC